AUGUCGUCCUCAGAAAGCAUACAAGCGCUUGUACUGCACGGCGCCAAAGACUUGAGAUUGGAGCUAAGACCGCAGCCUGCACUUCGACCGGGAGAAGUCCAAAUAGCAGUCAAGGCUACUGGUCUCUGCGGGUCAGAUUUACAUUAUUACCACCAUGGACGAAAUGGCAAUUUUGUCAUCCAAGCACCACUUGUCCUCGGGCACGAAGCAUCUGGCGUUGUCACCGCUGUUCCCGAGAUCCAAGAUGGAGCGGCCCCCGGGUCUGUCUCUUCGUCAGGUCUCAAGAUUGGAGACAGAGUCGCCCUAGAAGUCGGCAUUCCAUGCAGGUCAUGCUCAUUAUGCACCACCGGCCGGUACAACUUGUGUCCGAAACUGUCUUUCAAGUCUUCGGCCAAAACCUUCCCGCACGCGGACGGCACUCUACAGACUGUAAUAUCACAUCCAGCUAGCAUGUGCCACGAACUCCCCGAGAACGUCACGUUCGAACAAGGUGCCCUCGUCGAGCCUUUAGCCGUGUCACUGCACGGUAUCAACCGAAGUCAAAGCGCGGGUUCAGGGGUCGGUGUCCCCUUAGUCGGCUCAACUGCUCUCGUUCUUGGGGCCGGUGCUGUUGGGAUGCUGACCGCGGCUGCUCUGUCUGUCGCUGGAGUUUCUAAGGUUGUCAUCGCCGACAUUGAUGCCCCGAGAUUGAAGAUUGCUGCUGGACUCGCUGGUGGAAAAUACAAGUUGAAGACGUUUCUGUUGCCACGCAGGGCACCCGCCCCCACAAUCGAGGAGACUCUGGCUGGAGCUCAAGGGCUGGCCACCGAGGUUUGCCAUUCUGUUGGAUUGGAGUCAGGAUUUGACCGAGUGUUUGAGUGUACCGGCGUACCGUCUUGUGUUCAGAUGGGCAUCUUCGCAGCUACAGCGGGUGGCAAGCUAGUGCUGGUUGGAAUGGGCACACCGACUCAAACGUUGCCUUUGGGCGCGGCGGCGUUGAGGGAAGUGGACAUUAUCGGUGUUUUCCGAUAUGCCAACUGUUACCCGGCCGCCAUUGCGCUGUUUGCAAGUGGUCAAUUGGACGGAGUUGCGGAAGAUCUUGUUACACAUCGUGUACCACUUACCGACGGCGAAAUGGCAUUCCGCCUGGCUGCAAAUCAGCCAAAGGACGGAGAAGACGGGGGAAGAGUACCUGUGAAAGUGGUUGUCACAUCUUGA